UACUUUGUGGAUUGCACGUGCAAAUAUGAGAAAUGUCAAAACAAUAUUUUCGAGUUGGUCAUUUUUAAAUUCAGCAAAUACUUUACUUUCAAACAAUGGAUAAUGAUGAAAUGGAUUUAGAAUAUGUCGAAGCCGAGGAUGACGAGGACGCCGGUGAGGAAGGAAUGGAAAGUGGCAAUGAAGGAGAAACAACGAACACCGCUAAACCCAAAGAGGUAUACCUACCAGGUAAACCUUUGGAAGAUGGCGAAGAGCUCGUAUGUGAUGAAUCUGCCUACAUAAUGCUGCAUCAGGCAUCAACCGGGGCGCCAUGCCUUAGUUUUGACGUAAUCCCUGAUGAUUUGGGUGCCGGUAGGGAGAAGUUUCCCUUAACCGCUUAUAUGGUGGCUGGAACACAGGCAGCCCGUACUCAUGUCAACAAUUUAAUUGUCAUGAAAAUGAGUAAUUUGCACAAGACACAGGAAUGUGGUGAUGAUGAUGAAGAUGAUGAAGAGUUGGAAGAUGACCAAGACGAUGAUGACAAUUCAGAUGAAAAAAGAAAACCACAAAUGGCAUGUGCAUUGAUAAAGCAUCAAGGUUGUGUAAAUCGUGUACGUGCCCGCCGCUUAGGCAAUACCGUUUACACAGCUUCAUGGAGUGAACUGGGACGAGUAAAUAUUUGGGAUAUAUCAAAACAGCUUCAAGCAGUCGAAGAUUCCCAACAACUUAAACAAUAUGAACGUGAAGUUGUUGAUGAGACCGUACGUCCAGUAUUCACUUUUAAUGGUCAUCAGCAAGAAGGCUUCUCAAUUGACUGGAGUAUAUGUGCUGAAGGUGUACUCGCAACGGGUGAUUGCAAACGUGAUAUACAUAUUUGGUCACCUUUGGAAGGAGGAAGCUGGAAAGUUGAUCAGCGUCCACUUGUGGGUCAUACUGCAUCUGUUGAAGAUUUGCAAUGGAGCCCCAAUGAGGCUAGCGUAUUGGCUUCCUGCUCAGUCGAUAAAACGAUACGAAUUUGGGAUUGUAGAGCACCACCACAAAAGGCUUGUAUGCUCACAUGUGAUGAUGCACAUCAAAGUGACAUUAAUGUUAUAUCCUGGAAUCGCACAGAACCGUUUAUUGCAAGCGGUGGCGACGAUGGUUUCUUACAUGUUUGGGAUUUAAGACAAUUUCAGUCAAAGAAACCAAUAGCAACAUUCAAACACCAUACUGACCACAUAACCACAUUGGAAUGGAACCCUAAUGACGCUACAGUAUUUGCGUCUGGUGGUGACGAUGAUCAAAUUGCUCUAUGGGAUUUGGCGGUAGAAAAGGAUAUUGACCAAGAGGCAACACCCAACGCAUCAGAACAAACACAAACAGAAGAUGAGAUAAAUAAACUACCACCGCAAUUACUAUUCAUACAUCAAGGACAGAAAGAAAUAAAAGAGUUGCAUUGGCAUCCGCAAUUGCCUGGUAUAAUAUUGUCCACGGCGCAUAGUGGUUUUAAUGUAUUUCGUACAAUCAGUGUUUAAUAAAAAAAAUCUGAACUUUUAAUGAA